AGGCCAAUUCGCUACGGUCCCACUUGUCAGUGAGACAAACAGGGGCAGAAGCGAUCCUCUCCCUGUUUCGCAUCACGAACAGCGGACGGCCUCGAAGAUUCCCCAGCUCCCAGAUCUCCGCAAAACCCUAACCCCGAGAACCUUCUAGAACCCCCUCACGCGCAUGGACGGCCUCGCGGCACCGUCGCCGUCCCACUCCGGCGCGGCGUCCGGCGGCGGAGCCUCUCACCGCAAGCGGAAGCUCCCGCCGUCGUCGCUCUCCGACGCCACAGCCGACGAGGACGACGACACCACCGCACCGUCUUCACCCUCCACCGCGCCCUCUUCUCCCUCCCGUCCGUCCUCCCCGUCAUCCUCCCACUCUGACGAUGACGACGACGACUCGCUCCAUACGUUCACCGCCGCGCGCCUCGACGGCGCACCGGGCGGAUCCUCCUCUGGCCGCCCCCCGAAGCCAGAUUCCUCGACAGUAUCUGCUGCCGCCGCCGCCGCCGCGGCAGCCCUCAAGCCGGACCCCGGCUCCGCGGCCACCGGUUACGAAAAGGAGGACGCCAAGGGGCUAUUCACGGAUAACCUCCAGACCGGCGGCGCGUACAGCGCCCGUGAAGAGGGCCUCAAGCGCGAGGAAGAUUCCGGAAGGCUGAAAUUUCUCUGCUAUUCUAACGAUGGGGUCGAUGAACACAUGAUCUGGUUGGUAGGUCUGAAGAAUAUCUUCGCACGUCAGCUUCCUAAUAUGCCCAAAGAAUAUAUUGUGCGCCUCGUUAUGGAUAGAACUCACAAGUCAAUGAUGGUUAUCCGGAAUAACAUUGUCGUAGGAGGCAUUACUUACCGCCCUUAUGCCAGCCAGAGGUUUGGAGAAAUAGCAUUUUGUGCUAUUACAGCUGAUGAGCAAGUUAAAGGCUAUGGAACAAGGUUAAUGAAUCAUUUGAAGCAACAUGCACGAGAUGCUGAUGGGCUCACACAUUUCUUAACCUAUGCAGAUAACAAUGCUGUUGGUUAUUUUGUAAAGCAGGGUUUCACAAAGGAGAUCACGUUGGACAAAGAAAGAUGGCACGGGUACAUUAAAGAUUAUGAUGGAGGAAUAUUAAUGGAGUGUAAAAUUGAUCCAAAGCUGCCAUACGUUGAUCUGGCAACAAUGAUCCGGCGUCAAAGGCAGGCCAUUGAUGAGAAGAUCAGAGAGCUUUCGAACUGCCAUAUUGUUUAUUCUGGAAUUGAUUUUCAAAAGAAAGAGGCUGGUAUUCCAAGGAGACUGAUGAAACCAGAGGACAUCCCUGGUCUGAGGGAAGCUGGGUGGACACCUGAUCAGUGGGGUCAUUCCAAAUCACGUUCAGCCUUUUCCCCAGAUUAUAAUACUUACAGACAACAGCUUACUAGCCUUAUGCGGAUAUUGUUGAAGGGUAUGAAUGAACAUGCUGAUGCUUGGCCAUUCAAAGAGCCGGUGGAUUCACGUGAUGUUCCAGACUAUUAUGACAUUAUCAAAGAUCCUAUUGAUUUGAGGACAAUGUCAAGAAGAGUCGAGGCAGAGCAGUAUUAUGUGACCUUAGAGAUGUUUGUAGCCGACAUGAAGAGAAUGUUCAACAAUGCAAGAACCUACAACUCUCCUGACACUAUCUAUUACAAAUGUGCCACACGGCUUGAAAAUUUCUUCUCAGGCAAAAUCUCUUCACAGCUUACGCAAGCCUCAACCAAGAGCUAGACUGGCGUACGGACAUGGGCGCAUGUUGUAAAAUUGUUAAUUUGUUUUAGUAGUUGCCUCGCCGUUUGUGCCGGUUGUGCUGUACGUCAAUGAAUUGUUAGUGUAGCAUUUUCUCAUGAAUCAGUAGUACAUACCAUGAUUUUACAUACUGUGGCGCAACCUGGCCUACUAGCAGUGUUCAUACAAUUAGAGACUAAAGAAUUCCAGUGAAUCACCUAAUAUUUUUAUUUAUUUAUUUUCCA